AUGGCAGGAUCAUCAAAUGGUUAUUCAUCAAUUCCUUCCGUCGAAGAGAAGGAAUCCAUUGAAGUAGACCCCGAAGAUGAUGCCAAUGGGUGGGAUUGGACCCGCCUUGUGCAACUUGUAGUGUCACUCAUUGCGUUGAUUGCCAUUUGUGUCGCAGUUGGAAUGUUUAUUUACAUCUCUGCGGUGGAUAAUCCUGUAAUGGUGCCAGUCGAUGUUCCCGCCGACGACCAGCUACCGUUACCAGCUGGUAUCAACCUUGCGUCAUGGUUGAGUCUGGAAGACUACUUUUUUGUGGGUGAUGAUGGAGCCGUCGAAGUGGCAACCUUUGAAGGUUCUACAGUGGCCAAGUGUCUGCCUCCCUUGCACGUUGGACCCAGCACGGGACCCAUGUGGAAUACCGAAACGGAUUUGUUUGCUAACUUGAUGGAGGAAACAGGAUCAGUGGCCAAGACCAUUCAAAUCUUUCAUGCCUUUCGGGAGUCCUACAUUGAUUUUGAUGUGGAACUGAAACAGAUUGCCGAUUUGGGCAUUCAACAUGUCCGAGUGCCCAUGUCAUGGUGCCUCACUGAAUUCGACCCAUCCAAUGAUGAUAUCUUGAAGGAUGAAGCGACUAGAAACAAUGCUACUCAGUCAAGCAUACUGCUAGAACGAUAUGCUUGCAAGGAUCCAUUCUUUGAGAAACAUCAUGGAGAGACACUCUACUGGCCAGCCGUUCCCAAGCCAUUGGUACUAGAUUUCCUAAGGGCUUGUGCUCGGUAUGGAAUCAAAGCAACUCUCGACGUUCACACCCUUCCUGGUGGGACGAGUUUGGGUACCUUCAAUGGAAUUUUUCCCAAAAGCCCUCUCUUUUGGCUUUACGACAACCCAGAAGAUCCAGAGAAUGAUGUUGGACGGACUGUUUUUAGAGACCUACUGUCUUGGAUCGAAUCCUUGAUAGACUCGGACAACGAAGCAUUUCAGGGCAUUGGAGCUAUUACUCCCAUGAAUGAACCGGCACAUUUGGCUGGUUUGUUUGGACCUGGAGCCGCCAUACCCGACAAAUCAUCCUUCCUGCCACCACUUCCCAAAGACGUUGCCGAAGCGUACUUGACAAAACUGAACCAAGAUGUAGACGAGUCUCAUGCUUUCAAAACGGUACCCGACGGAAACCACCUCCGUUCUUUGUUGUGGCAAGAUCAAGCAGUUGCCGCCUUUCGAGAAUCCAAACUACCAGAUCAUGGUAUUGAUAUUUUUGUCAAUGUCCACGAGUCCAUUCUAGUUCCGCCGUUGGUACCCAAUGAUAACUACGAUUUUGGUGGAAGACAUCCAGAAGGUACCGCGAUAUUCUUAUCUUGGUGGAGGGGAGUCACUACUGCAGAGGAGCGAGCAAAUUGGGCAGUUCUCGAUAUGCACCACUACCAUGCUUGGGACAACCAAUGCCAGGGCGCCGUCAAUGGAUCUCCCAGUGGAAGUUAUACUUGUGGCGACUUGAACGCCAUGAAUGCCGUGUUGGACCAGUGUACCACUUGGGCUACCAUGUACCGAGACAUUGCCGACUCCCAACUUGGCAAAUCUGGUGCUCGAUUGGUGUCGGGUGAAUUCUCCGCUUCGACGCACCAUUCCGUCCGUCACUCUUGCUUGGAUGUGACGACACUCCAUGCGUCUUAUACACAGCAAGUAGAGAAGGCUCAAGCUGCGGGUGUGGAACUCUAUUGGUGGGGUUGGAAGAUGCCCUAUGGAGGAACCUUUCGUCGAGCCUGGUCCUUCAAGCACUUUCUUUAUCUCAUGGGUGCCAAUGGAUUUACCAAACCAGACGAAACGGACAUUCCUUGCGGGGUGUAG